AUGCCUGUUGUCUUCCAGGAAUAUUUCGAACAGAAAUUGCGUGAAUGGGCACUACAACCUGAUCUUGAUUUGGAAGGAUAUGAACUCCUUCCUCUACAUGUCCCCCUAUCUAUCGAGACGCACUACAUCGACGGAGUUUUCUGGGAGAAGUCACAGCUAAGAAUGCAACUGGACUUUGUUGCAGGCCGCUUUUGGCAAGGGGGCUCGAGAAAAAAUGGAUUAUACCCGACCACACCUUCAGAAAGAUACCAGGAGGAAUGGCGAAUAGUGACAGAUUGA